UCGUACGUUCAAAGCAGAAAUACAAUGAACGAGUGGAAGGUCCCAAGACCCAACAGCAACAUUUGAGAGUACUACGUUCGAGUUGCUAGUGAACGGGGUUUAGUUCGAAAGAAUCUCGUAGACGGAGAGAUUUAGCUCUGAAGAGCGAAUUUGAAUUUAAUUUUUAUAAAUACGUAUAGUUUGUGUGUUUAUUUUAUAUUUUUGUAUUUGUGGUUAUACGGUAAAUGUGAAUUAGUGUUGUGUUUAAAAAAUGGUCCGCCAAAAAAUGCCGCCUCGUUCUGUGUUCAUCGUUUGUCGAUGGGAUCUUCUAUGAACCCCAGGGAGAAUGUUUUUGUUUAUUUACAGGACGUUAACUAUUUUACCGGUUUGCUUGAUCUGUCGGCUGAUUUAUGGAGCGCUGAAUGGAGCGGAGCGCCACAAAGGGCCAGCUCGGCCCUGAGUAUUGACAGAUGGCGACUGGGACCAGGGCGCCCGAUGCGCCAGGGCCGGAGUCUCGACACGAGUCGGACCUGUACACGAGGCCUGGUUGGGUGGAUGCCGAUAUUGCACUAUCACAACUAAAUCAGGAUAAAGCAGUUGGAGAUCGCGGCAUUCUAUGGAUUCGAAGUCGAAUACAGAGCCAACUGAAAUCGCUGGGAUCUACUCUAGAAACGCAUGCAGGAAAGUUUCUUUUUGUCAGCAUAUUAGCAAUAGCAACUUUCUCUGUGGGACUCAAAAGUAUGACUUUUCAUACGGACAUUGAGCUUUUAUGGGCUGAACCAUCGAACACCCCUGAUACUGCACCCAAAGAGAUGCUCUCUACUCAUCAAAUGGUCGUUCAGACUGGAGUAGAUCCAGAUGUGAAUCUUCUAAAUCCUCAUAGCUUAUUAGAACACUUGCUUCUAAUACAAAAAGCAACACAAGUUACUGUAAACAUGUAUGAUAUAACAUGGAGAUUAAAAGACUUUUGCCAGUCGCCGAGCAUUCCAAAUAUAGAAGCUCAUUAUAUUGAGCAAAUAUUUGAAAAUAUGAUGCCCUGCUCUAUAGCCACGCCGCUAGAUUGCUUUUGGGAAGGAUCGAAACUCCUCGGACCUGAUUAUCCUGUACAUAUACCAUAUGGUGUAGGAGAUCAAAUCAAAUGGACCAACUUGAACCCCAAAGGGCUGAUGGACAAAAUGAAAAGCGGAGGGACAAGUUUCGAUUUCCAUUUCCUUGAAGACUAUCUAAAACGCUCUGGUAUCACCACUGCCUAUCAAGAAAAGCCAUGUCUAAAUCCGAAAGAUCCAGAUUGCCCUCAAACUGCGCCAAAUUUUAACUCCUCCCGUCCUGUAGAUGUUGGCGCAGAACUUACGAGUGGUUGUUAUGGAUUUGCCGCUAAAUACAUGCACUGGCCGGAAGAAUUAAUUGUGGGUGGGGUUAAGAGGAAUAAGACUGGUCAUAUAAAACAAGCCAAAGCUCUUCAAACUGUCGUUGAGCUUAUGGGUGAACACGAACUUUUUGAGUUUUGGUCUGGUCAUUAUAAAGUGCAUCAUAUUGGAUGGAAUCAAGAACGAGCGUCUACCGUAUUGAACGCUUGGCAAACGAAAUUCGCCCAGGAAGUUGAUCGUCUCACCAAAGCGAAAGAACAAUCAUCUUCAUCGUAUUUAUUUUUAACAUUUUCGACUGCUAACGUAAAUCGAAUUUUGAAAGAGUAUUCGAAUCCAAACUUUAUUAAAUUCGGAAUUGUGAUCGGUGUUUUAGCUGCGUAUGGGUGGAUAAUGCAAUCAUCGUUAGCGUUUAUCGGAACUCUAGUUUUGGCCAGUGCAACGACAGCAGCUUUAGGAGUUUGUAGUUUGAGUGGAAUCCCAAUAAAUUUGCUUAGUACACACGUUUUGCCGUUCAUAACAGUCGGUCUCGCGAUGCGCGAUAUGUUCCUUAUAUUAAAUGAGCAUACGAAGGACCUUUCUCCUCCAGAAAUUGUGUCUCGUACUGGACCAAGUAUAAUCUCAACCAUGCUGAUCAACGCUGCUACUUUCCUAUCAACUGCCAUAUUACCGGUACCAGCGUUAAGAGUUCUCGCCUUGCAGUGCGCAGUCAUGGUGAUCUUUCACGGCGCAGCAAUGUUGGUCGUUAUUCCAUGUUUGCUGGCUUUGGCACAACGUUGUCGAAAGUCUGACGUUCCCUGCUUCAAGAAAGAUUCCAAAAGGACUACAAUCCAAAACAACAAUAAUAAUCUGGAACAUGGAACAAACCUUCUCACAGCUGAACUGAUUUGCCAUCGAAAGAAAAGUAUUAUAUCGUAUUUUAUAGUGCGAUAUUUGAAGUCGGUGUUAUUGAAACCCACUGUAAAAGUGGUUUUAUGCUUAAUUUACACCAUAUUGGUGAUCGUCUGCGUUCAUAAUGGAUUGAAAGUUCAAUUCGAUGUAAAAUUGUCAUCAUUUCUUCCGCGGGACACUCAGGAGUAUAAAUAUCUUGAAACACACGAUAAAUAUUUCGGAUUCUAUAAUUUUUAUAUGGUGACUAACGAGUUUGAGUAUCCAUUUAGUCAGCCUUUACUUCAUGAGUUCCAUUCAUCAUUAUCCCAUGUUCCUCAAGUACUUAAGGACUCCAACGGUGGACUGGCUAUGAAUAAUUUUUGGCUCGAAAAUUUUAGAGAUUAUCUUGAAGAUCUUCAAUUAGAAUUCGAUAAUAGCAGAAAUGCAAAUUGUCUGAAUAGUGAAAAGUGGUUUUCAAAUGCCACUGAAAAAGCAGUAUUAGCCUUUAAGUUAAUGGCGCAAACUGGUAUUGUAGAAUUUCCUGUUGAUAAAAGUCAGAUAUUGAAGAAACGACUGGUGUAUGAAGGUAUUAUUGAUUCCAAAGCCUUUUACAAUUAUCUGUCAGUUUGGAAUAGUAAUGAUCAAAUGUCUUAUAGCAAUAGUCAAGCCGAUUUGUCGCCAAAACCGUUCCAGUACUAUAGUUCGAACGCGGAAUAUGAUUUGAAAAUUCCGCGAUCUCCACCAUUAGUUCGCGCUCAAAUGCCAUUCUACCUCAAAGGCCUUAAAAGCACAGGGGAUAUUAUAAAUGCACUCAAGCAAAUUAAAGCUAUUUCAGAAGAAUAUAAUUCCAGAGGGAUUAAAAAUUACCCCGUUGGCCUUAUUUUUGCAUAUUUCAACCAGUUCCUACUUUUGGAUAAAUUAAUAAUUAUCCAACUGCUACUGAGCUUUGGUGCAGCCGGAUUAGUUGCUUGUAUAUUAGUAAAGUGGUCGAAGCUGUGGUGUUCAUUAUUCAGUACCAUUGGAGCUAUGCUUCCUAUUUUGCUUCUUAAUAUUAAUGCUUUCAGUAGUACUAUGGGAGCACUUCACUUUAUUAUCGUUGGCAGAAAUAUCCUUCUGUUAACGACAGGGUUCUUAAGUGCCAUUGGGAGUAGAGAAAGGCGAGUUGCACUCUCUUUAGAAGUAAAUGCUGAUGCUAUCCUGAAAGGUGAUAUCGGGCUCAUAUUUUCUAUAAUAAUUCUUAUGGUAUCAGAUUUUGAGUUCAUUCAUAACGAAGUGUCCAAGUUCCUAAUACUUUCAGUGAUAACAUCGUUUGCCAAUUCUUUCGUUUUCUUCCCAGUUAUGCUGGCUUUAAUUGGACCCAAAGGUGAAAUUGUACCCAACGAACACGAUAAUAGAAUUUCGACUCCUCCUCCGCCAUCACCAACCCCUGUUCCGGAGAAACCCAAGGUGUUUUCAAAGCCUUCACGCCGAAUCUCCUCGAACAAAGCCACUAGAGAACCUAGUUUGACUACUAUUACCGAAGAAAGUUGUAAUCAGAGUAUUGUAGUCGAACCGCAAGUGACUGUCGAAUAUAGCAGUCCAGAGUCUAGUUCUAUUGGUCCUUAUACGACCAAAGUUACCGCCACAGCCAACAUAAAAGUUGAAGUUGUUACGCCAGUGUAUCGUUCGAAUAAGUGCGGUAGCAAGUGUCAUAGAAACUCUAAAUGUAAUAGAAGUAGGCAAAAACCCGUUCCAACUCAUCAACCACAGCAGUGUAAGUGUUGUAAUAAGGACUCUGAUAGUAGCGACGAUACUGCCGACACGGAGCCUUCCCAAUCAAGCUAGCAUUUCGUUACCACAAGGUUCAACUUAGCUUAACCAAUUCUAUAGCCAUAUUUUUUUAUAUGUAUUUUAUGUAUAAUAAAAAUCCAAUAACUAUUUAGUUUCAGUAUUAAAUUUAUUUCUUACAAGUCUGAAGAGUAGUAAGUAAGCUUGAACUAACUAACAAAUGCUGAGACUAAAUUCAUACAUGAGUUCAUUAAAUUUUUAGAAUUUUGUGUUAUUCAACGUUUAACUUGCCAUAUUUUCAUGGAGAUUAGUGACGUUAAACUGAAACAACUCUCCAACGCGGUAUAGGCAUUAUGUAUCUGGCCGCCAACUGUAUGAUAUUUACUGUAAUUUUAGCAUAACCAUUUUCAACUUAACUUAAGAAAUUUGUUCCAUUGCAACAUUCAUUUUCAAUCUAGUAAAUAGUAUUAGGUGCAUGAUGUGAGUAAAAUUGAAUAUAUCAACAUUUUCGCUUAUUCCAAAAUAUGUAUACGAUCUGAAAAUGAUUGGAAAUAUCGAAAUAUUGUAACUUAAAGUGAUGAAUGUUACGGUAAUUUUGAACAUGUACCUAUGAACUAGAAUGAUCCAUUGUAAUUCCAAAGAACUUUGCCGAAGAGCUUGUAGAAUUGGCUAACUUGAGCUAACCAAAACCGAAUGUAUAAAUGUUUAUAUUGCAUAUAUGUAUACCACUCAUUUAUUUAUUUUUUUAAAAACUAUGUAAGAUAAUUGGUAUUUAAAAAUUAAAUCUCCUAACGGUAUUAUUUAUAUUUUUUUGUAAGCAAAGAUUAUUUGACGAAAUAGAAACUGUUUUAUUAAAA